AUGGCGUCCUCUGUUAUCAUUGUUUUGAGAAAUUUUCAGCACAGUGAUCGUGAUACCAAAGAUAUAUUCACCGCGCGAAAGAGCUUACGUUUGGUUAUUUAGUACACGCAUGUGUUCUACUUUGUCAAACAUUCUUACACAUCACGCUUAGACACUUUUACCAGAAAAAACAAACAAACAAACAAAAUAUUCAGUUGUAAUUUACAUGACUUUAUAAAAAAAAGAACAUAACCACUAAAAUUCAAAGAAUCAGCCAAUGCUGUUCCGCCGCAGACUCGAGCAUAAAUUCAAGGCACAACAACUUCAAAUUUUGACACGUACUCACAUUUCAGUCGAUUCGUCGCUUUGUCGCGAUCUGUAA